UCCUAUUGGUUGACGUAGAGCCGUGUCCUCGCCCCAGCAGGAGGAGAUCGAGAAUUUCCGUUAACUCAUUGGUCCUUACGCAACAUUGAUUUGUGAUUGACAGGCGCCUCAAGGACAGAAAUGAAGUGCAGGUGAAGCUGGAUAAACAGAGUUCUCUUGCGUAUAUUCAGCCAUUGUGACAGUUUUCAAUGAGAAGGAGCAACGCGGAGGAAGAUGCAGUAGGAGCUUUAGUGCCCUGACUAUCUCUGCAGAUCUUGUGUGUAGAGCCAGUGCAUGCCACCUAUCCCUGUCUGUCUCCGGAUGGAUACCGGACCUGCCUCUCCACCUCCUGCCUCCCUGGUGGCAGGCCCGUCCUCGCUGUGGCGGCUGACUGAGAGGCGGAGCAGGAAAGCCGGCUCUGGGAACAUUUUCAGCAACGUGAAUCUGUGGCAGCUCCAGAGACUGUUUAGGGCAGCAGGGGACCAGGAUGCAGAGCAGAGGGCCCAGCUGGUUUGGGGCCAUGGAGACGAGGCAGAGCUAGCUCAGGCUCUGGUAGGACUGAGGGCUCGGAGUCACAGGAGAGGACUGAGGACUAACGGGAGGGAUGUGCUGGGCUCGCACUGGCUGCGAGCCUUCAAUCACCUAAAGAUUGGGGAGAGCUCGCCAAGCAGCCAGAGGAAGGAUACCAUGGAGGAGAGCGAUUCUGAGGCAGGUGGCAGUCCAGAGCCUCACCAACACACUUCUGUAGGGGCAACAGGAAGAGGUACAGGGGCCAGAGCAGGACUUCCUGAAACUCAGGGCCCUGCAGGAACGUCUGAGAGACCAGUUCGAACCAGCUCAGGACUAAGAAAAGGAGGAGAGAAUAACCCAGAGAGAUACCUCCACAGAAUACUCCACUGACCUCUGACUUUUCUUUUUUAAAGGAAACGAAGUCUAAGUCAGCACAACCUGCAUGGCUCUCCUGAAAAAACUCCCUGAUGUGUUCAGAAACUUGACCCAGGUUAAAACAACAGUCAGUUAAGGAAAUACCUUCACAGUUACAAUGGAUACUGUAUUUGUUGGUUGAAAGAACACAACAGGCAUCUACUGGCCUCCUAACAGCUCUGAUCAGAAGCUGGGAGACCCAUCUCCAUCUGUGUUACAACAAAUGCAGCACAAACCUCUGACUUGCUCCUGGUAGAUCUCUUUGCAAUGCCUUGCAGAAGCAUUCACCUCAUUUAACUCUUCCACAUUGUAGAGUGCUAAAACACAAAGUUUAAAUAGCCUUAGUUAAGUUUCUACCAUUUGAUUAAUAGCAGAAAAUUGCAUGAUCAUUUCAACGGACCAAAACAAUCCACCUCUCCCUCUGCUACCUUGCAUCAUUCUAAGCCCCGCCCACCAAAUGGCAAAACCAAUCAUGCACGCCAAUCAUCACGACAAACCAUCUGUUCCACUCUGCUGGUUAUGUAGGACACAGAGGACAGAAACACUCACGGUUGAUCAAUACGUGUCCUAAAAAAGUUAAAAGUAGCCACUGGUGUGUGCCGCACAGCUGUUGGGCUCCCAGGAAGAGGAGAGGGGGCGAGUGAGAGAAAGAAAGAGCUGCAAGCACGAGUCACAUAGAGGUUAGAUAACGCUACUUAGUACAGAGUCAUUAUUUGGAAGCAAACAAGUUUUAGUUGUUUGAUUUAGACCUGGGAGAAUAGAAAAAGCUUUGACAGACAUAGAAUAGAUAUCAGACAGCAUUUAAUAUAAAUUUGUUUGCGAUGUGCAACAUCCAUAAAAGGUUAUUUCAGGCAAAAACCCCAUAAGGGUAAUGCUGCGUAAUGUAGCUUUUACACAUUUGACACCUGUUUUUUCUUUUUUUUAAACAAAUAUCCAGUUAUUUUGGGGGGGUUGCACACAAACAACACAAUCCCAAUAGUGCUCAGUUCUCUGACAUAAAUAUAGUAUUGCUAGACAUUUCAUAUCCUAAAUCAGUGUUUCUCAACUGGUGGGUCAGGACCCAAAAGUGGGUCGCAGAGCUGUUUUCAGUGGGUGGUGAGUGUGUGUCUGAAAGAAAAAUGGCAUCAAAAGAUAUUUGAAGUACUGCAGUCCUUAAUGGAAAUACAUCCAUACAUUUUAUUUGACUUUAUUUUAUCAUGAAAAUUUAAACGUUUUCAGUAUAUAAACUUAUUUAUCUCCUUUUCUUGCAAUAACAAAGCUGCUUUUCCCAUGAUCACAAGGUAAUUUCUUAAGAUAUCUGAAAAUUUGCAAAAAAAAAAAUACCUGUAAUCAUGGGGAAAUCUCUUGUCACUGAUAUAUUUUGUUCCAUCCAAGAUCCAAACUGCAACUUUAUUCAUGAAAUAAAUGUGCAGGUUUUUUCAAUUCAUUGUAAUUUAAUGUCACAAUUGGUCAUUUAAGUAACUGGUGAGUGCUGAGGCUAUACCAGUGGAGAACCACUGUCCUAGAUAAACACUAACAAGAGAAUGGCAUUUACAUGCUUUAGAAUAGUAAGUUCAAUAGAUGCAAAAAAAACAAAAAAGUGUAAGCAAUAUCACAUGAUUAAAAAGGGCCUCUCUAAAAAACAGAAACAAUUGAUAAAUAAAAAGGAUUAGAAAAAACUAGAAAAUUUUGAGUUUUUAAGUCAUAAAUUAACCAGAAAGCAACUCAAAAUUUUAAGUUUAAAAAGUCAAGUCAUUAUGAGAAAAAAAAAUCAAGUAUAAAACUGGAAAUUUUGACUUUAUAAACUUAAAAAUUUCAAGUUUGAGGACCCAAAAUAGCUUAGCAACUAGGUCGCCCCAUUUAUGUGGGCGGCCCAGGUUCAAGUCUGGCCUGCGACUCCUUUCCUACAUGUCCCUUCUUCACACUUUCAUCCCUAUUCCAACUCUUAUCCGCUGUCCUUUGUUCCAAGUUCAGGCACAAAAAGCCCAAAAUAUAUCUUUAAAAAAUCACAGUUGUCUCCUGGAUGCUGUCAGUGUGUUUUUUUCUGAAUAUCCCCACUUUACAGCAAUAUCCCCAGAUGCUAAUGAUAUUGUGAUGAUUCUGGGCUAAAAAAUCCAAGUUUAGACUGUCAACUGCAGAACUAAUGUAAGGAAACCAGUUUCAUCUGGUUUGAGUUCCCUUCAUGCAAGAGGCUAUGUUGUACGUUAUAAUUAGAAAAAAAAUGAAGUCUUAGUUUGUGAAAAUGUAUUACUUUUUUCUGAAACAUUUAAGUUUUUUGGUCAAAAAUUAACAGAUCCUCUUUAUUUACACCGUUGUAACAUGAAAGGAGGCGAUGGCAUGCUAUGUUUUCCCAAAAUAAUUUUGCAUAUCAUGUCCCCUCCCUUCUAACUACCAAUUUUAACUUUUUAAACUGUUCAGUAGGUCUAUCUCAUAGACUAUGAAAUCUUUUCUAAUUUAUAAUUAUACUUUAGUAACACAUGGAAGUCCUAAAGGGGUGAUACUUAUGCAAUGCACUCUUUUAUUGUCACUGCCUCUCAAUUACUGCCUUAUGUUGUUUCCUACAAACAUCUUUCCCCUCACACUCCCCUUGUACACUGGUGGUGGAUUUUAGCUGAAAACCACAUAUGAUGUGUGAAAGAUGAUGCACUAUUUUUACUAGCUUGAUUUUAUGUUCUAAUGAAGUGCUGUUUGACUUUAAACACUAUGUAUGUGGUGAUAAAAACACUAUUUGUAAAACUUGUUAUUGUUUGAUGUUAUGAGAUGUUGAUGAAAACUAGCAAACAUGCACCCCACUGCACAUUUAGAGGUGUCAGCUCAAACUCCAGUCAACACCUUAAAAAAAAAAAAAAAGAUUCCGAUGAUUCAACAUUGACGCCAGGAGCCAAAGCCAGUCACUGGUUUGUUGUUAUUCCAAGGAGCCAUGUGGUCGACUCUGCCUAGAGACCAAAAAGUCCUAGCUAAAAGGCCAAACUCACACUUCACCUCAGUCUGCAGGGAAGAAAACACUUGAAUACAAAAUGUUCUUGUGAAAAUGUUCAGGGUAACAGUGUAAAAUCAACUAUGCCUAUGAAAAACAGUGUUACCAAUGCUUUCACAUUGCUGAAACUUUAUAGACUUUUUUCACAACACU